AUGGGUAUUCAUUUUAAUACCCUUGAAUUGAAUGGGGCCCGCCCGUCUCCUGGUCACAUAAAGGGCAGCGUGGAGGGUGGGGGCAGACAGGCAGUCCAUGGUGAGCCACGCGGCCUGACGUCCAGCACCGCUCGUGUGCCGCCAUCCAGAGAAAGAACUUGCACUCCAAGUCUCCAACGGCGCCCAGAUCUUCCAAAUACGCCUGCAAGGCUGAAAGGAAAUACUCACCGUCGAGGGAUGGCGCACCCAGCAGGCGAGCGGCGAGGAGAAGAGUCCCGCGGCGCCGCUGCCACUCGCACGCCACCAGCCGCGCACCUCUCCUUCGGUCCUUCCCUAGGCAGUAGGCACUAG